AUGUCUACCCUGAGGAGAUCGGGCUAUGGCCCGAGCGACGGCCCGGGCUACAGCCGCUACUACGGGGCUGGGCCUGGACCGGGACCCAGCAUUGGAGACGUGCCACCGCCUGGGCCUCCCACCUCGUCGCGGCCCGAGCCGCCUCCCCCUCCGCCUCCUGGGCCCUGGAGGAUGCGCGGAGGCGGCCCGGCGGAGGCUGUGUGGCCCGGAGAAGGCAGCGGCGCUUGCGGAGCCUGCGGAGGCGGCGGGGGCUAUUACCCGAGCGGAGCCGCCUGGCCGGACCCGUGCCGGGCCGGAGGCCACCAGGAGCAGUCACCUUAUCCUAGCUAUGGACCUGGCUACUGGAAUUCAGCUGCCCCAACUAGGACUCCAUAUCCAAGUGCAUAUCCUGGAAGACAGGAUUUGCAAAACCAGGGAAUGGAUUCAUAUACAAAUGGGGCCUAUGGUCCACCAUACCCCACAGGCCCUGGAGGAACUGCAUCCUCAUAUUCUGGGACUUAUUAUUCAUCUGGGCAUCCCCCAGCCCCUUAUACAACAGAUGUGCCAAACACUUAUCAUUCCCCCGGCAACAGCCCAACCCCUGUUUCUCGUUGGACUUAUCCACAGCAAGACUGUCAGACGGAAGGACCUCCUCUGAGGGGGCAUGUUCCAGGAUAUCCUAUGUCCCAGAGUCCUGGGAUGGCCCACCCCCAUUACUCAUAUGGGGAUGGAAAUCCAAAUGUCCCACCACCAGCACCACCACCCCUCCGAACACAGGAGCAAGUAUGGACCUCCUCUGGGGUUUAUGGAAUGACAACACGCUACUCUUGGCCUUCUUCAGCUGCACCCUCGGCACAAUCUGGGAAUUACUUUAUGUCAGGAUCCACUUCGUCAUGGUCCAGCAGUGCAUCCUCUCAGCCACCUCCUUCACCCCCUGUCCCUGCUCCCAAGGAUCCCUCAUACCCUCAUAGCCAGCCAGAGCAAGGUGUGAACCGGAACAACUUUCCCAGCGAUGUCCAUCAGUACGAAUCCUCCUCGGAAACUAUGAGCAGUAAUCCAGACCUUUUCACUUCCAAAGUUCAGUAUAGUGCCCAGCCUCAGAUGUACGGUAACUCAGCCAGGAGAAUUCCCAGCAAUCAAGAUAUGGGAUAUAAAAUCCCUGAUGAUCAUUCACCUUCAGACGAAGGUCAACCACCAGGUAUUAAAAAAAUCACACAAGUGCUAGAGAAAGUUCAAUACCUUGAACAAGAAGUAGACAAGUUUGUAGGGAAAAAGACAGACAAGACUUACUGGCUUCUAGAAGAAAUGCUAACCAAGGAGCUCUUGGAACUGGAUUCAGUUGAAACUGGUGGCCAGGACACUAUUCGACAGGCAAGAAAAGAGGCUGUUUAUAAGAUCCAGGCCAUACUGGAAAAACUGGAAGAAGAAGCAUUAUGAGAAGGAUAUGCAACUAGUAGAAGCCUGUUACUAACAUGACCAAAGAUCUCUUGAUUUUGGUUAAUUCUUAUCCCUUUGAAACUGCUGUUGAUGAUAAGAAGCAAUAAAUUCUGACUUUUCCUUCCAUUUAAAAUGAUUAAAAAAGAAAA